AAGCGGAAGUAUCCUGUUGCGUCGUAAAUGGCUUGAUACCUGUUACGCUGAAACAAGUAACGGGACCGGGCACCGACCAGUUGCAGAAAGUGUUUUUUGGAGUUUGAAGUUCUGAAUAAAGUGUAAAUUUAAUGUGUAAGUGAGUUACUGGACGCGUGAGAGGAAGACGACGAGGAGGAGCGGUCCGGGAACUUGGUUCUGACGUGUGUCAUGAUUUCCAAACACAGGCCGCCACCGAGUGACAGAGGAAAAGUCCUGGACCGAUGCGCUGAAUGGAGUCGGACACUUGAAGCUGAGGGAUGAACUUCGGCGUCCCCGCUCACUGCUUGCUGCUGUUCCGGGCGUGCGACGAGGGCGACUAUGAGGCGGCCCGAGGCGUCCUGGAGCCCAGGGAGUCGGGGCGGCAGAGCAGGCUGCGGUCCGAAGCGGGGUCGGAGUGCGGCGCCGCCGACAUGUUGUCUCUGGUACCGGUGGACUGCACGGACGAGGAGGGCAACACCGCCCUGCAGUUCGCCUCGGCCGGCGGCCACGAGACCCUGGUUCGGUUCCUGCUCCGAAAGGGGGCCUCGGUGGACAGCCGCAACAACUACGGCUGGACGCCGCUGAUGCAGGCGGCGAGGUUUGGGCACCUCACCGUUGCCCACAUCCUCCUGGAGAACGGGGCAGAGAUCAAUGGACGGAACAGGCUCGGCGCCAGUGUCCUGACCAUGGCGGCGCGUGGAGGACACACUCAUGUGGUCAAACUCCUCUUAGAGAGUGGCGCCUACGUUGACGACUACGAUCAUCUGGCUCUGACUGCGGAGGCAGUCUCCAAUGGCAACAACAACAACGGCUGCAGUGCGGCUGGUUUCGGAGGUGAUGAGGCCUGUCCAGGAGGAGGAGGCGGCAGAGAAUUCAUGGACAUCACCGCUCUGAUGGUGGCGUCUCAGCACGCACACGAGGCCACGGUCCGACUGUUGCUGGAGUGGGGUUCUGAUGUCAACUUCUCCCAGAAGACCACCGGAUGGGGCCCUCUGAUGGCGGCUACUCUCAGUGGAAAGGUGGUUGUGGCUCAGCAGCUGGUGGAGCAUGGAGCCGACCCAGACCGCCUCAACGUUCUGUCCAAGACGGCGUUUGAACUGGCCAUGCAGCUCAAACAGAGAGACAUCAAGACCUAUCUGGACUCCAUCACCACGGUGCGGCCGCAGACAGACGACGAGAGACGGAGACCAGAUGUAUUCAGCGCCCUCAAGUUUGGAAACUCCCAGCUGGUUAAAGAGAUCUUGGAGGAGGAUCCUGCCCAGGUGAAUUCCUUAAAUCAGGAGGGAGCGUCGCCCCUGAUGAUGGCAGCAGUGAGUGGGCAGUUGGAAGUGGUGCAGCUGAUGGUGGAGAAGCACGCUGACAUAGACAAGCAGGACGCUGUGCAUGGCUGGACUGCACUGAUGCAGGCCACCUAUCACGGUAAUAAAGACAUUGUCAAGUAUCUGCUGAGCCAAGGAGCCGAUGUUAACCUCCGAGCUAAAAACGGAUACACAGCCUUUGACUUAGUGAUGCUUCUGAAUGACCCAGACACGGAGCUGGUGCGUUUGUUGGCGUCGGUGUGUAUGCAGGUCGAUAAGGACAAGUCUAAACAUCAUGGCCGAGGUUUUAUGACUCGCUCCAAAAGUCGCCAGUCCCUUAGCAACAUCCCCGUGCCACCCGACGAGAAGGGAGGCCUCAAGUCCUGGUGGAACCGCAUGUCAAAUCGGUUCCGGCGGCUCAAGCUGACUCACACCCUGCGGCACGGCCUCUCAUCCAAUCGCCUGGCUCCGUUUCCAGACGAUGCUGAAGCGUCGCUGGAUGCCACGAUGAAGGCGGGCGUGAAGCCCGUCGCGGUCUCUAAUGGAUCCCCGACACCAGCGUCGGCCCUGGGAGGGAGCGACGUGGGCACCGCCUGGGCUGUGAAGAGCAAGGAGGCUGGUGUUUGCAGGGCAUCCUCAGAAAAGGACGACUUCCUGAUAACUACAAUGCUGAGGAGCGGCGCGCCGCUGACCCGGCUGCCCAAUGACAAGCUGAAGGCCGUGAUCCCUCCUUUCCUGCCUCCGUCCAACUUUGAACAGUGGAACUCGGACCGCUCGCGGCUCCUCGGCGAGGGGAAGAGCGACGUGGCGCGCCUGCCCAUGCCGCCCCAGAGGAAGCUGAACAGCAGCGGCAACUCGGAUAUUACGUCUGUCAGCCGUGUGGUUAGCAGGUCCAUUAAGUUUCCCAGCAUCACCAAGGGCCCCUCCUCCUCCUCCCCCUCGAACUCGGGUCACUACCACUCGCCCCACUCUUCCGGUGGCUCCAAUGGCGUCGCAGGACUCAACCGGGACUCUCAUAACCGCUCAGGGGGCAGUGCAGACAGCGUUCUUUCCCAGAUAGCGGCUCAAAGGAAGAGAGCAGCAGGCCUGAUGGACGUGAAGGUCCCAGCUCCAGAGAAGCAGCACAGCCAGGCGCCGCUGCCGGGCUCAGCGUCUGGCCUGCCGCAGCCUGACAUCAGCCUGCCCGACAUCCACUCACGAAGGAAGUUGGAGUUGAAGAAGAGACCUCAGUCGGGGAAUUCCUCCACCUCCAAGAGCACGUCGCCCACUCUGACCCCGUCUCCUUCCCCAACCCCGAAACCUCCCACUGGUCCAGGGGACUCCCUCUCAUCAGCCUCUUCUCACCCUCGCUCUAAGAGCAGUGGUGGCUCCAGCAGUGGAACCAUCACGGAUGAAGAUGAACUGUCCAGUAUAUUGAGGAAACUGUCCCUGGAGAAAUACCAGCCCAUAUUUGAAGAACAGGAGGUGGACAUGGAGGCAUUCCUGACGUUAACUGAUGGAGAUCUGAAGGAGCUGGGCAUCAAAACAGAUGGACCCAGACAGCAGAUUUUGGCUGCCAUAUCAGAGCUCAAUGCUGGAAAGGGCAGAGAAAGGCAGAUCCUUCAGGAAACCAUCCAUAACUUCCAGUCGUCCUUUGGCAGCAGCGCCAGUAACCCAAGACCAGCAGGUGAACCCCGCUCUCCGACAGGGUGGAUGAGACACCAGGUUCGUUCCUCCAACAAGAGAUAACCCGAACCACGACCACGUCAGAGGUACACGCUGUCCACCAGCCUCAGGACCAAACCUGGAGCUUCCUGGACAGAACAUGAUCCUUAUGAUCAUGAUUAUGAUCCUUAUGAGAGGAACGUCAUAUCUGAUAUAAUGUGAGAGAUCCCGCUUGUGUGUUGUAACAGUGGCUAUUAUGUGAUUGUAGGUGAUGAUGUACGAUGAAGCAAAGACACUCAGCCCAGUUAUGAUAUAGUCUUUUGAUACUGAUUUGUAUUAUUUUGUAUGUUCCAACCACCAGGUACACAGAUGAUUCUCAGUUAUAACUGUGCUGUUACAAAUAAAUCAAUAUCAUUAUGAUGCAUGUUUUGUACUUAGAUGUUAUUGGCCUUUAGCUGAGAACACAACUGAAACACAUGGGAGCGUUUCAUGAGCAGAAUAAAUUGAAUAGUUUCUACUGAGCGCGUUCUCUCCUCAGACGUGUGGCUCCAUGUUUGCUCACCAGGCGUUUACAGCACAUGUCCUGAAGUUUAAAUGUUCAGGAUGGAAGUUCCCAAGCAGUGUCGAUUCAUUCAAUAAACGCAACAAUAAAUUAAAAUUUUAUUGAACAGCGAAUUAAAAUAUUCAAAAUUAAGCAAUGUAAAAUAAAGUGAAUUCAAAUUAUACUUGUUGGAGGUUUGAAUAUUGGGAAAGUGCUGGUUCUGCUUCACUAAAUCUCCCACUUUGCACUAAACUACUAGAACUAUAGGUAAAAACUGUAAGGUUUCCUCCAGCAGAUGGCAGUGACCUCGUCUUGAUGCAGCAGAUUCAGCACUGGCUCUGCUCUGUAAUGUGAGCAAUAGAGCCGAUCCGUAUCCGAUGAUCGGUACCGGGCCAAUCCAACACAUUCCAAAGCAUCACUGCUCUAUGCAGCCGCGUGCUUGUGUUCAGUAAUGAAUUCAGUCAAGCUUCCAUGUUCUAGGCUGUGAAAGUAUCUGUUCUUAAAUAAAGUGAGUCGUGGUGAUGUCA